AUGUCGCAACGGCAGCAAGUUGGAGACGAGUUGACUCUGCGUAAUUCUUUUUUAUGUCUCAAUUUGCAACGAAGUACUCGGUUGCACGAACUGAUGCAGGCUUGCGAAGGCGCUUGGCGUGAGCUUCGGUUUGGCGGUGAGACAGCCACAGCGCGGGCAGAGAGUAUUGAUAGCAGCGGCGCGGACGGGGAAGUACAGUGCUCGCUUAUGGUGUCGCCGAGCAACUUUGGAUUACGGAACGGCUUUGUGGGCUGCAUCCGCGCUCUGGUCCUCACGGGGAACUGCAGGACCUCAGGGGAAGAGCCGAGAGGGGGGAUGUACGGGGUCCAUGCAGGCUGCGUCGGAAAGUGCCAGUCCAACCCCUGCUUGAACAACGGGACCUGCCAUGAGGGCUAUGCCAUCUACGAGUGCGAUUGCCGCUGGACCGCCUUCAAGGGACCAAUUUGUGCUGAUGAAAUUGGUAUCAAGAUGCUAACAGAUACAAUGGUGAAAUAUGAGAUUCCUGGCACCUACAAGUCCACUAUUGCCGAGAAGAUCCGCGUGGGCUUCACCACCACGAACCCUCGAGGAUUCCUCAUGGGCUUAUACUCCAACAUUACAGGAGAAUACCUCACCCUUGCCAUCUCCAACUCAGGUCACUUGAAGGUCACAUUUGACUUCGGAUUUGAGAGGCACGAGAAGGUGUAUGGCAAGAGGACCUUCCACGAGGGACAGAACCACGACGUGAAGCUCUACCGGACAGACUCGGGAAGGAAGCUCACCAUGCAGGUCGACAACUAUGAGCCCAUCACCUGGACCUUCGAUGUGAAAGGAUCGGCCGACGCGCAGUUCAACAACAUCCAGUACGUGUACAUUGGCAAGAAUGAGUCCAUGGCUGAAGGCUUCACCGGCUGCAUCUCGCGGGUGGAGUUUGACGACAUCUACCCCCUGAAAUUCUACUUCCAGCAGGACCGACCCACAACCAUCACAGCGGAGUCAAGGCACUGUACUCGACUGCCCAUUGUCGGCGCCAACGUGUCCUUCGCGCCGAACGAGACGACGCUGAUAAACUGCCUCCAGAGCAAGCAAUUCCGGCUCUUACUUAACAUUUCAUCUAGUGUCGAACAAAAACGACCUGUGAUCACCACGAAAACUCAGCCUUCAGCAUCGGCUCGGUCAGCACCUUAG